CCACAAUCCAGUGCCAGGAAAGAAGUCAACUUUUCUUCCUAUUUCCCUGCAUUUCUUCUCUGUGCCCACGGCCACAUGCAGCUCAGCCUGGACUGCACGGCCAGGUGUCAGGUGUGUCUCUGCUGACCUGAGCCUGCCUGCAGCAUGGACCUGCAUCUUCCCUGAAGCAUCUCCAGGGCUGGAGAGAUGACAGCUAUGCACGGAGGGCUCAUCCAUCCGCAGAGCAGGGCAGUGGGAGGAGACGCCAUGACCCCCAUCCUCAUGGUCCUGCUCUGUCUAGGGGUGAGUCUGGGCUCCAGGACCCACGUGCAGGCAGGGACCCUCCAAAAGCCCCCCCUCUGGGCUGAGCCAGGCCCUGUGAUCACCCAGGAGAGUCCAGUGACCCUCAGGUGUCGGGGGAGCCUGGAGACCCAGGAGUACCGUCUAUAUCGAGAAAAAAAACCAGCAUCCUGGAUUAGGCAGAUCUCACAGGAUCUUGUGAAGAAGGGCCAGUUCCCCAUCCAGUCCAUCGCUGGGGAACACGCAGGGCGGUAUCGCUGUCAGUAUCGCGGACGCACUCGAUGGUCAGAGCUCAGUGACCCCCUGGAGCUGGUGGUGACAGGAGCCUACAGCAAACCCACCCUCUCAGCCCUGCCCAGCCCUGUGGUGACCCCAGGAGGAAAUGUGACCCUCCAUUGUGGCUCACAGGUGGCAUUUGAUGGCUUCAUUCUGUGUAAGGAAGGAGAAGAUGAACACCCGCCAUGCCUGAACUCCCAGGCCCGUACCCGUGGGUCAUCCCGGGCCGUCUUCUCUGUGGGCCCCGUGAGCCCAAGUCGCAGGUGGACGUACAGGUGCUAUGGUUGUUACUCUCACUCUCCCUAUCUGUGGUCUUUACCCAGUGAUCUCCUGGAGCUGCUGGUCCCAGGUGUUUCUGAGAAGCCAUCACUCUCAGCGCAGCCGGGUCCUGUCGUGGAGCCUGGGGAGACCCUGACCCUCCAGUGUGGCUCUGAUGUCGGCUACGACAGGUUCACCCUGUACAAGGAGGGAGAACCUGACCUCCUCCAGCGCCCUGGCCGGCAGCUCCAGGCUGGGUUCUCCCAGGCCAACUUCACCCUGAGCCUUGUGAGCCGCUCCCAUGGGGGCCAGUACAGAUGCUCCGGUGCCCACAACCUCUCCUCCGAGUGGUCGGCCCCCAGUGACCCCCUGGACAUCCUGAUUGCAGGGCAGAUCCGUGCCAGACCCUCCCUCUCAGUGCAGCCGGGCCCCACGGUGGCCUCAGGCGAGAAUGUGACCCUGCUGUGUCAGUCACAGGGGUGGAUGGACACGUUCCUUCUGACCAAGGAGGGAGCAGCUGAUGCCCCUGUGCGUCUGAGAUCAAAGUACCAAUCUGAUCAGGACCAGGCUGAAUUCCCCAUGAGUCCUGUGACCUCAGCCCAUGCGGGGACCUACAGGUGCUACGGCUCACGCAACUUCUCCCCCUACCUGCUGUCUCACCCCAGCGAGCCCCUGAAGCUCGUGGUCUCAGGACUCUCCUGGGGCCCCGGCCCCCCACCCACCGGUCCGACCCCCACACCUGGAGGCCCUGGGGACCAGCUUGUCACUCCCCCGGAUUCAGAUCCCCAAAGUGGUCUGAGAAAGCACCUGAGGGUUGCGACCGGGGUCUCAGUGGCCCUCCUCCUGCUGCUCUUCCUCCUCCUCCUCUUCCUCGUCCUCCGACGUCGACAUCAGGGCAAACGCUGGACAUCAGCCCAGAGAGAGGCUGAUUUCCAACAUUCUGCAGGGGCUGUGGAGCCAGAACCCACAGGCAGAGGCCUGCAGAGGAGGUCCAGCCCAGCUGCCGACACCCAAGAAGAAACCCUCUAUGCUGCCGUGAAGGAGACACAGCCUGAGGACGAGGUGGAGCUGGACACUCAGGCUGCUGCAUCUGAAGCCCCCCAGGAUGUGACCUACGCCGAGCUGCGCAGCUUGACCCUCAGGCGGGAGGCAACUGAGCCUCCUUCGUCCCAAGCAGGGGAACCUCCAGCUGAGCCCAGCAUCUAUGCCACUCUGGCCAUCCACUAGUCCAGGGAGGACCCAGACUCUACACACCAUGAAGACUCAGGACCCCAGAAGGCAUGGAAGCUGCCCCCAGUGGGCACCAUUGAACCCCAGCCAGCCUGGACCCCUAACAUAGACCACCAGAAGAUUCUGGGAACUUUGGGAGUCACCUGAUUCUGCAAAGAUAAAUAGUAUCCCUGUAUUAUCAAAAUAAAGAAGCAGGCCUCUCAGUUCACAAUGAGUUAACUAGUAAAACAAAACAGAAGUCUGAAAAUGUUUUUAAAUUGAUUGAUCAUGUAAAUAUUACAUAUCAAACCAAUGACAUGGGAAAAUAGGAGCUUCUAAUGAGGACAAACAAAAAAUAGAGAAAAAGUAAUAAAGUCAAAAGGUUUAUUCUCGAAAACAUUAAUGAUACAUGAAUCUUGGCCACAAUGAGGGGGAAAAAAAAAAAAGAGCAGGCACACAUU